UUCCGCUGCUGGAGGUUAGUUUCACUACUUAAUAAUACGCACGUUACAAUCCCCUAUAUGUUAGUUAUAUAUACACCAGGUUUAGCCAUAUAGCAAAAAUAACCCAUAAUUUAGUAUUGAUAUCUCGGCAUAAGUGUAACGAGGUGUAAUCUAUAUUUAGGAAAUACGUAUCAUAAGUUAGCAGCUGGGAAUUUGGACAAGGGUGUCCUUCACGAUUCAUCUGCGAAAUGCGCCUCACUGUUAGAGCACUCAUAUCUCAUGGACGAGUGGCCCGUAAAAUUGGUCUUGGUCCCGAGUCCCGAAUUAAUGUGCUUCGGAACAUUCUUACGGGCUUGGUUCGACACGAGAGGAUUGAGACUACUCGAGCCCGAGCCGAUGAGGUCCGAUUUUACGCUGAAAAGUUGAUUGACUAUGCCAAAAAAGGAGUCACUGAUGAGAAGGCAAGGAAGAUGGUGGAUUUUUGGCUUACGGAGAAAGAUCUGAUUCCAAAGCUUUUCGAAGUUCUUGCUCCAAGGUUUGAAAACCAGUCAAGCGGCUACACGCACAUGGCCCGUAUUCCUAACCGGGAGAACCUGGACCGUGCAGCCAUGGCUGUACUCGAGUACAAGGGCAACCCUUUCCCUCCCCCGUUUCCCGUCAGACAUAAGAAUGAACUGAACCUGAUUAAUCAGCUCCUAAAGGGCUACCAAGAAGAGAAAGCACAACUUGCUACUAAAAUUAGGGACUCGUAGAAGAUUCAUUCACCAUGUUACUUUUCAUUUAAUAAAUGUAGUAGUUUGUGUCUUUCUGAUUUCAUGUCUCCUGAGCAUAUCUUGUACUGGAACUAUGCCGACUGGUCUAAGAAAAUAAAUAUUUCUGGGCAUCAGAGACAAUGAAGUUACUUUCCAGCUGGCAGUUGAAGUGAGAACUUUUUAUUUUCAUCAUAAAAAGCAAUACACCCAAUUAUGUGUUGUGCAAGGGUUCAGACAUGUUAAAGAUCUUAUGAAUGUGCCACUUCAGUUGUUGCCAGGCUUCAGUAAGUAGUUUAUUUCCAUCUGUAAAAUAUUUGUGUAACAGAACUCAUGGGGAUCCAAGUCUUUACAAAUAUUUUGUAACUCUUUCAAUGCUUAUAAAUUUCAACUUUA